AUGGCGUCGGUUCUAAAUUCCCUGGAAGCCGGGGGUGUGGAUAAUGCAGUAGGCAGUAGCCAUGUCACACUACUUAAGUUUGAGUCCCAAAUAAUUGAUUUAAAAUGUUUUAAAAACGAAUUCCGGGCCAAAAAAGAUGUGAAUUGUUUGGCCAGAGAUGGGGCCAUUAUUUUGGAUCUGGAUGAGACCAAUCUGGAGGUGAUCAUUAACCGGUAAAGUUGUAUACUGCGGUGCCUUUAUUGUUACAGUAUGCUGGAUUCGAUCUCUCUGGGAAAUCAACAAAAGGCGGAGGUUUUCGGAAGUCUGUUUAGCGUAGAUGAUUGCUCUAAUUUCGAUGGUAUGUUUGUAAAAAUAACUUUAAAAUUGUUUAAUUUACAGUCACUUUCAUUACGAGUCGAUUACAGAGUAUUCAAAUAUCUGGAUCUGACUCCUUUCUGGAUCAGAAUUGGCUGUUACUAUAGUAAGUUCAUAAUUUUAAAUGAACCUAGCUCUAUUUUAGUACUGAUGUAAAUGGAAUUACGGGCCGUAAACUCUCGAUUACUCGGCUAAAACACCCUGUAAACUUUGGCCCUUCCCUUGAAGAGGUUACUUUCGUCAUCUUAAUAUUGUCAUCAAAUGCUGAAAAGCCAUCUAAAAGUUCGUUGGAGACCUCCAAGUCGUUUGCAACGGUCUUUGCAUUUCCGCAAAAUCGUUUGAGGCUGUCUCAAAUUCAAACGGAAGGAGAUUUUAAAGAAGAAUUAAUUAAUAUUAGUAAUGAAUUGGAGGAAAAUAAGAAAGAAAAAGAUGAAAUAAAGGGGGAAGAAGAGGAAUGGUGGCCGGGAAAAGGAAUCAGAGAUGACUUCAGAAGACGGUGGAAGUGCUACAAGGAUGAUUACUUGGACGGUAAUACAGUAGAUUCGAUUAUUUUUUAAAUUUUUCAAAUUAAUGAUGACAAAUUAGGAAUCCGAAAUGCCCGGGAUGUUCAGAAGACGCUCAGUGCCGCUGUCUUCCUUUAUUUCUCAGUUUUGCCUACGGCCAUUGCCUUGGGCAUGUUAAAUGAUCAAAAUACGAAUGGAAAAAUAAGUAAGGAGAUUCGUAAUAGACAUCAUUGAUUAUGGUUAGAUGUGAAAAAAGAAAUCCUAAGUCAAAUCAUCGGGGGACUCUGGUUCGGUCUGCUCGGGGGCCAAUUGUUUCUGGUCAUGUUGAGUACAGCCCCGAUCAGUAUCUACAUCGAGGUCAUCCAGCAACUCUCUCUUCAGUAUAAUCUCGAUUUCUUCAAGAUAUACACCAUGACCGGGAUCUGGUGCUCCUUUUUCUUGAUUGUAUCGGCAAUUUUGGAGUUCUCAAAACUUAUGAAAUAUGCCAGACGGUAGGAGCAGUCGUUCUGGAACUUAUUUUAUUGCUUUAAGGUCAUUGGAAGAGUUGUUUGGCCUUUUUAUUUCCUUGGCUUUGAUCAUCCGGAGUUGUAAGGCUCUGUUCGCUGCCCUUAUUAAUCACCCGCCUCAAUGCCUUGAUGGUUCUCUUGAAUACGAAGGUACGAGAUUGACACAUAUUGUAAUAUGUCCGCAGGUCAAAUGCCGUGUUCGAGAUCGAGUGGUUUGAUGUUUUUGAUUCUGUUAUUUGGCACUUUCAUCGUCAGCUUCUUCUUUUACCGUUUCCGCGUCUCCUGUUACUUGAGUCGAUUAAAAAGAGAACUCCUGGCUGAUUAUUCGCUGCCAAUUGGAGUCCUUUUGAUCUCUUUAAUCUACCUUUUACUCUUCCAAGAUAUCCGAAUGCAGAGUUUCUCGUAUGAUGACGACCAUCACCCUCCCAUUACAGUCACCUUUUUCCUGGACCAAUCAGUCGUCGCUCAUCUAAUCUCUUUCCUUUUGGGAAUCCCUUUGGCCGUUUUAUUCUUUAUGGAUCAAUUAAUUGUGACUAAUACUGUGGAUAAUAAUCAAAACAAAUUAAAGAAGGGGUCUGCUUCCAACUGGGAUCUAGUAAUUGUGGCCAUCAUGAACAUUUUCCUCUCCAUUUUGGGACUCCCUUGGAUGCACGGUGCAUUGCCUCAGGCAUUUAUGCAUUUAAAGGCGUUGGCUGAUGUAGAAGACAGAAUAAUUGAAGGAAGAAUGGACAGCAGGUACUUUCAACUUACAUUCUGAUUGUUUUUAGUAUUGUGAAAAACCGCGAGACCCGCUGUGCCACCCUCCUCGCCCAUUUGUUGAUGAUCCCGACCUACCUUUUCCUUCUUCCUUACCUCAAAUUAAUCCCUACUGCCGUUUUCCAUGGACUUUUUAUUUAUUUAGCCAUCACUUCGAUGGAUGGGAACGAGCUUGUGGACAGGAUGUCAUUGAUGUUCACUGAGCAGGCAAGUCUGAGCUAAUAAAUCUCUUUUAUCCCCGUUUCAGCGCCUUUAUCCGCCUUUCCAUUAUCUCCGCCGGGUACCCCAGAAGAUUGUCCAUCUGUUCACAACCAUCGAGUUCUUACAAUUAGUUGUGUUAGUGGUGGUUGGCCAUGCCCCCUGGCCGGCGGUUGAGUUGGCUUUCCCUGUUAUCACCUUUUUAUUCAUCCCUUUCAAUUAUUUAAUUGUGCCUAAGGUCAUCGAUCCCCAUUAUCUCAACGUUCUAGAUGGAGUUCAUUAA